GAUACCUUCGCCGUGGGCUCUGCACAUCUCGCGGCAAAGAUCACAGGAGAGCUGCCCGCAGCAGCUUUGAGGCAGUGGCUCCUGGCUAGCAACAGCGUCAACCACUCCUUAGCAGAACAUGAGGCGCCGAUAGCUGCGUACAAGCCUUUGGGAGGUUGGGGGCAGGAGGAAGACAGCCGGCUACAUCAAAUGGCCGGGGCGUUGGUGGUGUUGAGGAACCCUGAUCCCUUGUUGGCGGAUGUACUUCGGGAAGUCCUGCGACGGCCUGCAAGCCAGAUGAAGUCCAGCAAAGCCGUGGCGCUCUACGGUCUUCAGGCAGUGCGCUUGCUCAGCGAGGCCGGCGCUAUUUGCACGUCCACGCCUCUCAGCGAGGCCUCCCUGACCAGCGAGUUGGAGAGGCAAUUGGAGGUGAAGUCUGGAAGAGUUCGACGGCGCUCGAAGUUGGAGACCGCGGUUGGGGAGGCCUUGCAGCGCUGCGGCUUCGAGCCCGUGCACGACGUGCUGGCUGGCCCGGGCCUUUCUGCAGACUUUCGUUGUCUUCGCCGUGGUCGGAGCUUCUUUGUGGAG